AUGGACGGGUCCGGGGAGCACAGCCUCCAGGAGGCGGGCAGCCAGGGCUCCGCUGCCGGCGACGACAUUGAGAUCGUCGUCAACGUGGGGGGCGUGCGGCAGGUGCUCUACGGAGACCUCCUCAGCCAGUACCCUGAGACCCGGCUGGCGGAGCUCAUCAACUGCUUGGCGGGGGGCUACGACACCAUCUUCUCCCUGUGCGACGACUACGACCCCGGCAAGCGCGAGUUCUACUUUGACCGCGACCCGGACGCGUUCAAGUGUGUCAUAGAGGUGUACUAUUUCGGGGAGGUGCACAUGAAGAAGGGCAUCUGCCCUAUCUGUUUCAAGAACGAGAUGGACUUCUGGAAGGUGGACCUCAAGUUCUUGGACGACUGUUGCAAGAGUCACCUAAGCGAGAAGCGCGAGGAGCUGGAGGAGAUCGCGCGCCGAGUGCAGCUCAUCCUGGACGACCUGGGCGUGGACGCGGCCGAGGGCCGCUGGCGCCGCUGCCAGAAGUGCGUCUGGAAGUUCCUGGAGAAGCCCGAGUCGUCGUGCCCCGCACGGGUGGUGGCCGUGCUGUCCUUCCUGCUCAUCCUGGUCUCGUCAGUGGUUAUGUGCAUGGGCACCAUCCCGGAGCUGCAGGUGCUGGACGCUGAGGGCAACCGCGUGGAGCACCCGACGCUGGAGAACGUGGAGACGGCGUGCAUCGGCUGGUUCACGCUCGAGUACUUGCUGCGCCUCUUCUCCUCGCCUAACAAGCUGCACUUCGCCCUGUCCUUCAUGAACAUCGUGGAUGUGCUGGCCAUCCUCCCCUUCUACGUGAGCCUCACGCUCACGCACCUGGGCGCCCGCAUGAUGGAGCUGACCAACGUGCAGCAGGCGGUGCAGGCCCUACGGAUCAUGCGCAUCGCGCGCAUCUUCAAGCUGGCGCGCCACUCCUCGGGUUUGCAGACCCUCACCUACGCCCUCAAGCGCAGCUUCAAGGAACUGGGGCUGCUGCUCAUGUACCUGGCCGUGGGCAUCUUUGUCUUCUCGGCGCUGGGCUACACCAUGGAACAGAGCCACCCYGAGACCCUGUUUAAGAGCAUUCCCCAGUCCUUCUGGUGGGCCAUCAUCACCAUGACUACUGUGGGCUACGGUGACAUCUACCCUAAGACCACGCUGGGCAAGCUUAACGCGGCCAUUAGCUUCCUGUGUGGGGUCAUUGCCAUCGCCCUGCCCAUCCACCCCAUCAUCAAUAACUUCGUCAGGUACUACAACAAGCAGCGCGUCCUAGAGACGGCCGCCAAGCACGAGCUGGAGCUCAUGGAGCUCAACUCCAGCAGCGCAGGUGAGGGCAAGCCUGGGGGCUCCCGGAGCGACCUGGACAUCCUCCCCCCAGAGCCUGCGGGGAAGGAGGGGACAAGCUGGGGCAGCCGGCUGAAGCUCUCCCACAGCGACACCUUCAUCCCCCUGCUGACGGAGGAGAAGCACCACAGGACCCGGCUCCAGAGCUGCAAGUGA